CUUCACCCCUGCUAUUUAUGUCCGACAGGGUUUCUGAAAGUCGUUCUCACAGUUCGCCCUGCCUUUAAGUCAAAUUGAAAUUCGAAAAUGUUUCGGACGGCUGAGAGACGCAUUGAGAACGCAGCAAGACGCGUAGGAUGCCUUGCUCUCAGAGGAAAGACGGGAGAGAAGAUGUGCACGAGAGGGAAGGUGUUGACAGUCGCAAAUAUGAACCCUUUCGUUAAAACGAUGGAGUAUGCUGUUCGCGGUCCCAUCGUGAUCAGAGCUGGCGAAAUAGAACAGGAGCUGGCAAAGGGUGUAAAGAAGUCUUUCCCUGAUGUCAUCAGAGCCAAUAUUGGUGACUGUCAUGCUGUCGGACAACGCCCCUUGACCUUCAUCAGACAGGUGUCGGCUCUGUGCACCUACCCUGAACUUCUGAAUGAUCCAAAAAUGCCAUCAGAUGCCAAGCAGAGAGCAAGCAGGAUACUGAAGGCUUGUGGAGGAGAGAGCAUAGGAGCCUACAGUGACAGUGCUGGUGUGAGGGUGAUCCGUGAGGAUGUUGCCAAAUACAUUGCCGCCCGUGAUGGACACCCAUCCAGCCCUGAUGACAUCUUCCUCAGCACGGGGGCCAGUGAUGGAAUAAAGAAUGUCAUGAAACUGGCAAUGACGGGAGAGACUGGGAACAAACGUGCGGGAGUGAUGAUUCCGAUUCCUCAGUACCCAUUGUACACUGCAACUAUAGCUGAAUACAACGCUCACCCGAUUGGCUACUUCCUGGAUGAGGACAACGGCUGGACGCUGGACAUUAAUGAGUUGAAGAGGUCCAUCUCUGAGGCCAGGGCACAGUGUCAGCCUCGGGCCAUCGUCAUCAUCAACCCUGGCAACCCAACAGGCCAGGUGCUAACGAGGAAGAACAUUGAAGACAUCAUCAAGUUUGCCAAGGAGGAGAACCUACUGCUGAUGGCUGAUGAGGUGUAUCAGCACAAUGUCUACGCUGCGAACUCAGAGUUCCACAGCUUCAAGAAGGUGUUAAUGGAGAUGGGGUCGUCAUACAGCGACAUGGAGAUGGCGUCGUUCAUGUCCACGUCUAAAGGAUACAUGGGAGAAUGUGGAUUUCGAGGAGGAUAUUCAGAGGUCAUUAACCUUGACCCUGAUGUGAAGGCAAUGUUAGUGAAGUCAAUCUCGGCAAAACUCUGUUCCUCUGUGUCAGGCCAGGCUGUGAUGGAUGUCGUGGUCAACCCACCACAGCCCGGUGAACCAUCAUACGAGCUCUUUAACAAGGAAAAGACUGAGGUCCUGAGUCAACUUGCGGAGAAAGCCAAGAUGGUGACCAAUACCUUCAACUCCAUGGAAGGUAUACGUUGUAACGAGGUGCAGGGAGCCAUGUACGCUUUCCCGCGGAUCACACUUCCACAGAAGGCCAUCCAGGCCGCCAAGGUAGGCCACCACUGCCCGGAUGCCUUCUACUGCUUCAGUCUGCUGGAGGACACUGGGAUAUGUGUGGUGCCAGGAAGCGGCUUUGGACAGCUGCCAGGGACAUUCCACUUCAGAACCACCAUUCUUCCUCCUGUUGCCAAGCUGGGCGAGAUGAUGGACAGGUUUCGGGAAUUCCACGACAAGUUCCUGUCCAAGUAUUCCUAGGUCACUCUCACAGAUAGAAUGGACAGACACAGACAACCUGAACAGACAGACAUAAACAGUCAGACAACAGACAGUAUGAUUCCACAGUACCUUCCUCUAAGUAUUCCUAGAUCAUGCUCAUACACUGCCGCUGAUGUUGACACAGACACAGAAACAGUCACAGUCACAGACAGUCACAGACAGAGUCAGUCACAGACACAGACACAGCACCAUACAGACUGAAUGCUUCCUCAACAGAUUCAAAGUUAAACUACAUUAAUCUACAUAAUACUUCAAUACAUCUCCUUCGUUUAUUGAAACAUCACUCUCACAGACACACAGACAUACAUGUCAGAGAGGCAGACACAGAUCACAGACUGAGAGGCGGACGCAGACAGACCGACCACAGAUAAUUUGUUUUAGAAUGCAGUGCAGCUGGAUGAAGAGUUAUGAAGUUUCUGGAGUUGAGAAUCUCACACUGGGGCUGGACCCAUGUUACAGAGUGCUUCACACCAGGAAGUAUAGUGUAGGUACCGUAAGUGCUGGAGUCACAUACACAAGACAUAACUGGCUGAACAAGUCUUGGACAUCCAAACAGCUCCGCAGUGCACUGUAUAGGAGAUGUCUAGGGGUUCACAGAUGUUAUGAAAUUAUGUCUGAAGAUUUGAAACAUUGUUUUACACAAUAAAUGUGUGUCCCAAAGUGAUUGCAUACACAAUAAUAUUCUUUGAACUAAAUUCUUGAUGAGAAUUUAUAAAGGCCUUUUAAUUGAAAUGUAAACACUUGAAAUUAGGUAUUGGGUGUUCCCUGACUUCGUUAGUUGAGGUAAAAUCUUAUUACGUGCACCCUUUUAUUGAUUCAUGUUUUAAUUCUGUGUCAAGUUUCAACUGUAAUAUUUUGCAUAUUUUACAAGAAUCUGGCCUGAUAACUAAAUUAAUUAGCAUUACAUACAAUACAUAGUAUAUUGUUGGUGAGGUAUACUUUGAUGUGUGAUGUGUGGUAUAUUGUUGAUGUUAAUUGGAUAUACUUUGAUGUGUGAUAUAUCAUAUAUAUCCUACUGGAUGAGUAGGAGGGAUAUAUCCUUGUGGUUAUGUUGAAAUGCAAUGUAUGGGAAGGAUUUAAAAUAUAACAUUGCUUCACAUGAAGUGGAAUUUAGGAAGUGGUGCAGAUGGGUCAUCUCCGUUCUGAUAAUCGAGCAAUAAAACAGUCUUCAGAAGUAGAAUGCCAGUAUUUUUCCAAAGAAUGAAUCCUAUUUGUUAGCCAAAA